ACGUGCAUCUCGUAAAAUAUAACACUCAACGCUAAUCACCGUAACCACACAGGUACUAAAACGAGAGAUAAUGAAUUGGUAGUGGUUGUGGUGGUUGUUGUGGAUGUGGUGGUGGCGGGAGGGGAUUGAGAAAAAGUAAGGGUUACAAAAAAAAAGAAGAGACAAAUCAAAGGGGCAACUUUCAGUAGUGCACGUUACAACUUGUAUAACGACCAAGUUAACUACAAUCCGUGUACGUGUACGAGUCGCUAUACGGCUAUAUACCAGUACACGUACACGUAUAGCUUGGGAAUCGCGGCGUGCCUAGUAUGGUUGUUAGAUGACUUAUAGGUCCACGACUGCUGGGUGAGCGGUGUUACUUCUGGGACCAGUGUCGGCGCAUCGACCAGGCGAGCGAUUGUCACAGACUGGUCAUAUGUGGAUGUUCCCGGGGCCGCUUCAUACAUAGAAACAGAACAGCGUGUGUAAAAGUGCCAACAAAACUGUAUAAUUCGUGCGGUUACAACAGUCACUGCGACAGAGCUGUCGGGAACAGCGUGUGCGUCAACGAUGUGUGCGUGUGCAAAACUGGCUUCUUCGCCCUGGUCAACGACACAACGUGCCAACCAUAUCCGAAGCGGAUAGGCGACCUCUGCGUUUCAAAGGCCCACUGUACCCAGGUUGUGGAGCACAGUACUUGUGCCCGGAACCGGACAUGUUCGUGCGUUUACGGAUUUCAAAAUAUUGUCAACGGAACUCGUUGUGUUGAAAGGAUCCGAAUUCCCCAUUUCGUUCUUUCACUCCCGCCGGCUGAGAAGAGAUGUAACGAGGCUAACCCGUUUGUCUGCGGUAACGAUACGAACAUCCGCUGUGUGAUGCAGCGAGACCGCAAGUACGGAUUGUGUCAGUGUAAGGCGGGCUUUGUACUGACGUCAGACCAGCUAGAGUGUCAAGAGUGUCAGAGUUAUGUGGUAAUAAUGAACGUGACCCUGAGAGCAGGCCGUUACGAAUACCUCCCUCUACUGUUCAGACGACACUUCACGCAAAACACGUCUUCCUUGUACUUGAAGAUGGUCAAGCGAUUGACACUACUUGGGCUUGACAAAGCACUUGGACCUACGUCACUUGGCGGGAAAUACCUGACGAGCGAAAUAUUACACUUUUCAAAUAACAACCCCGGACUCAGAGUUACCGCCCUUGUACAUGUGGCAUCAGAGCGCUACAACCCCAUGCCUCCAGAUUUAAUUUGGAAUCAUCUAAAUGAGACUUUCUACAGGUCGAAUGGUGAAAUUGGAGAGAGUCGACUGAAACUGGAAAAGCCAUUUGAUGAAAAGCUGUUUGUUGAUGAUUUCGACGAGUGUGCGUACGACGCCUACAACGACUGCUCGGACAGGGCCUACUGCAUCAACACCAUGGCCAGCUUCAUGUGCAUCUGUCGACCCGUCUUCGACGACGUCAGCAAACAGAGGCCGCGGAGACUGGGUCGAACCUGCGUCGAAUCUACCACGGCGGCAGCUUACAGUGAAGGGUGUGGUGAUGGUGACUGCAGGACAAACUGGGAAUUUGUUGGGCUCACUCUCGCAGUCUUGUUCCUGGUUCUGUUUGCUCUCAUCACCUAUGAGAUCAUACAUCGUAAACGUCAGCUUUCGGCAAGGGACGCAUACAGACGAUUCGGACGGGCCACUAGACAACGCAUUCAGAAACUGAGAAGAAAGAGUUUUGCCAGGACCAGUAAAAUGAAGGGAGGAAAACACAUCGAAGAAGACAAGGCAGAAGAUGACAGUGAUUAGUAGAAUACACCAGCUACUUAAAAUGCCUACUUGAUGGUUGAAUCGACAGUCGUCUGAAAAUUUGCGCCAAAACACAUUAGUCGAUGUUAACUUUUAUCUUUUUAAUUUUUAUAUUAAUGUGAUCAUCAAUUCAUUCAGGCGCGGUUCCAAGGGGAGGGUGAUGUGGGGGUGCGCACCUCACCUUCGAAAAUUCAUAGUGUCGCUCUGUCUCGGAAAAUCGAGUAUUAGUAGAUAAAAAAGGAUGGAUGUUUAACGAAACCCCAAUUUAUUUAGUUUCAGUAUGGAUCGUGUAAUAAAGUUUGUUUUGUUUAAUCAUCGGCUAUUGGAUGUCAAACGUAAAGUCAUUUUGACACAAUCAGAGAUGAAACCCGCUACAUGUUUCCAUUAGUAGCAAGGGAUCUUUUAUAUGCAC